CAUAUACAUACAUAUACAUACAUAUACAUACAUACAUACAUACAUAUACAUACAUAUAAUAUAUACAUACAUUACAUACAUUACAUAACAUACAUAUACAUACAUAUACAUACAUAUACAUACAUA